CAGACACAAUUGCAAUAACCGUAAUUUGGGCGAUGACUUGUCUGAUAAAAAAUCCUAAGAUCAUGAAGAAAUUGCAAGCAGAGAUAAAAGGCGGCGAAAAGCCUAGGGGAAUCGGAAAUAUUAGGUGAAGAUGUUGUGGAAAAACUUCCAUAUCUAAAGGCAACGGUUAAAGAAACCAUGAGGUUGUUCACGCCCGAACCACUUUUGGUGCCUAGGGAGACAAUGGAAAAGUGCAUAAUAGAUGGAUACGAAGUUCAACCCGAAACUUUGGUUUACGUCAACCCUUGGGGUAUUGCUAGAGAUCCUGAGACGUGGGAAAAUCCCGAUGAGUUUUGGCCGGAAAGAUUCUUGAAUUCUGAUGUAGAGUUGAAAGGGCAAGGGUUUUCCCUAAUUCCGUUUGGAUCGAGGGGAAGAAGUUGUCCUGGAUAUUCGUUAGGGUUAUUGACUGUUCAUCUUUUACUUGCCAACCUUCUGAACUUUUUUGAUUGGGAACUACCUUCUGGGAUGAAUACGGAUGACAUCGACACUGAAGCUUGGCCUGGUCUUACAUUAAACAAGAGAGAUGCUUUGAAGCUUGUACCAAGAAUUUGUGUCAAAUCUCCGAUGUAA